AUGUGCCUCCUCUUCACUGUGCCCAGCCUGAGAAGCCGCCGCGCCAUCCCCCAGCCCCACUGUUCCUGGGAUGGGGCGUCCAAAAUUGGCGGGGCCGCGGCCCCUCUGGAGCCGGGGGUGACCGUGGCUCUGCUCCUCCCCUCCAGCCCAGAGUUCCUGUGGCUCUGGUUCGGUCUGGCCAAGGCCGGCCUGCGCGUCGCCUUUGUGCCCACCGCCCUGCGCCGCGGCCCCCUGCUGCAUUGCCUCCGGAGCUGCGACGCGCGCGCGCUGGUGCUGGCGCCAGAGUUCCUGGAGUCCCUGGAGCCUGACCUGCCGGCCCUCAGAGCCAUGGGGCUCUGCCUGUGGGCUGCAGGCCCGGUCACCUCGCAGGCUGGAAUCCGAGAUUUGCUGGCCGUAGCCUCCGCUGAAGUGGAUAGACCAGUGCCGGGGUACCUGUCGGCCCCCCGGAACAUCAUGGACACGUGCCUGUACAUCUUCACCUCCGGCACCACGGGCCUUCCCAAGGCUGCUCGCAUCAGCCAUCUGAAGAUCCUGCAGUGCCAGGGCUUCUACCGGCUGUGUGCCGUCCACCAGGAGGACGUGAUCUACCUGGCCCUCCCACUCUACCACAUGUCUGGGUCCCUGUUGGGUAUUGUGGGCUGCCUGGGCAUCGGGGCCACAGUGGUGCUGAAGUCCAAGUUCUCAGCUGGCCAGUUCUGGGAGGACUGCCAGCAGCACCGGGUGACAGUGUUCCAGUACAUCGGGGAGUUGUGCCGAUACCUUGUCAACCAGCCCCCGAGUGAGGCCGAGCGUGGCCAUCAGGUCCGGCUGGCAGUGGGCAGUGGGCUGCGCCCGGACACCUGGGAGCGUUUUUUACGGCGCUUUGGACCGCUGCAGGUGCUGGAGACGUAUGGGAUGACAGAGGGCAACGUGGCUACCUUCAACUACACAGGACAACAGGGCGCCGUGGGACGCGCCUCCUGGCUUUACAAGCGCCUCUUCCCCUUCUCCUUGAUUCGCUAUGAUGUCACCACAGGGGAGCCGGUUCGGGACACCCGGGGGCGCUGUGUGGCCACGUCUCCUGGUGAGCCGGGGCUGCUGGUGGCCCCGGUGAGCCAGCAGUCCCCAUUCCUGGGCUACGCCGGGGGUCCCGAGCUGACCAGAGGAAAGCUGCUGGAGGGUGUCUUCCGCCCUGGGGACGUUUUCUUCAACACUGGGGACCUGCUGCUCUGUGAUGACCAAGGCUUUCUCCGCUUCCACGACCGGACUGGGGACACCUUCAGGUGGAAGGGGGAAAAUGUGGCCACCACCGAGGUGGCGGAGGUCUUAGAGGCCCUAGACUGCCUUCAGGAGGUGAACGUCUACGGAGUCACUGUGUCAGGGCACGAAGGCAAGGCUGGAAUGGCAGCGCUGGUACUGCGGCCCCCCCACCGUUUGGACCUGGCACAGUUCUAUGCCCACGUCUCUGAGAAUCUGCCACCAUAUGCUUGGCCUCGGUUCCUAAGACUCCAGGAGUCUCUGGCCACCACUGAGACCUUCAAGCAGCAGAAGGUCCGCAUGGCAAAGGAGGGCUUUGACCCAAGCUCACUGCCCGACCCACUCUAUGUCCUGGACCAAGCUGCAGGUGCCUACCUGCCCCUCACACCUGCCCGGCACAGUGCCCUGCUGGCCGGGGACCUUCGCAUCUGAAGGCCCCUCAUGUCCCAGGGGCUGUGGAGGGGCCCUGCAGGAGGCCUGGGCACCAGUGACCAUUUCUAUAGGGGAUUUGUACUCAUCAUUUUGUAAUAAAGGGGAUCAGAGCCCAUUUGGCUGUCC